CCUGAAGCCAACAGAAAAGGUUUGCUUAAUAGCACACAUUCCCAGCAGAUAAAGCUCAGAAACCUCUCCUUCUUCAGUGCCUAAGGUUAUCCUGGCAAGAUUGUAGUGUGGCUGUCAAAAUUUGAUCAUGGACAACCUUGCUGGAAGUGACAGAGAUACUGGAUCCUUUAUAUUUUCGGACAAGAUGAAGUUUUCAGCAUCUGGAUUUACACCCUUUGAAAUAGAUGGUAAAGUAUUUUCACUGUUUCAUAAUGAUAGAGACUUUUAAAAGCACAAUAUCUCAAAGCAUUUUACUAGUGGUUAAAGGUGCUUUUCUUUUUAAAGGUUUAAUUGGGAUUCAAUUGCAUUAAAACCAUUGUCUUGUUUAAAUUUGUGCCACUGACAAAUUUAGCAGAAUAUGGCACUGAAUGGUUUAACAGCACAACCCUAACCAUGUAUACUCAAUAAGCCCUAUUGAAUUCAGUAGCCCUUACUUCCAGGUAAGUGAGGUUAGAGGAUUCCUAGGGACCACUACUCACUUUAUUAAUGUCUAUGUGCUUCACAUUAGUUAAGAAUAGCAUACACGUAUUUUAAUCCGCCCUUCCCUACAGCAUAACACACACAAAUCACACUUAUGCUAUUUCUGAAUAUUUCACUAAAAAUAGUGUCAAGUUAAAUGUGAUUACACAGCAUGCCAACUGACACAAGCUGUGUAUAUAUUUUAUACUGGGGUAUGCCUGCCUACAAGCAGAUGUUUCACUGUGCUUUAAAGGAAGAAUUAAUUUGUCUUGCAUUUCAGAAUAUACAAUGAAGGCUAUAUGAAGAUGGAUGCUUCCAUAAAACAAGCUUUUAGUUGCCUUUGUUGUAUUUCUGUGACCAGCAAAGGGAAAGAGGCGAAGGACUUGAGUUCACACAAUGGUUUUUUUGUUUGGGUGUAAACAUUAGCUAAACAUUCAGUGAAACAUGCUUUUCACUCUGCACAGCCCUAUUUGCCAUUCUGAGAACCCAGCAAAUGGAAAGUCUGUCUGGAAAUACAACCAAGUUGAACAAAGUUAUUAAAAAGUACUAUAUCACAGCCUGCUUCUGCAUGAAUUCACUGUCAGCUUCAGCCAUGCAGCUUGAUAGGAUCCCUAUUUAUUCAGAAGCAAGUCAUUGAUUUUAACUCUCAGUACUUGUGCGUAGGGCUGCAGCCUUAAACAGUAACACAGCACAUUGGUCACUCGUUUGCAAGCCAAAAGGAUGGAAUAUCAAUUCUUAGUGUGUUCUUUCCUCUCCAAAACUUUAGAAACCAAAGGCCAGAAAAAGACUUGCAAAAGGUACAUUUCGGCUCUGGUUACAAUAUACCUGAUUCUGCUCACUGCAGGCUUCGGACUGUUGGCCUAUAAAGGUAAUUGAUUUUAAAUGCUAUUUCCUGUCCUGAAUCUAAAGAUAAAAGAUUGUGCACUGGUUAUAUUUUAAAUAUCCAAUAAGUAAAUUUGUUUCCAGAAAGGAAACAACCACCAGGACAAGAGGUUAGAUGGGGAUGCAAGCUGCAUCAUUUGCUGAAGACCUAAAAUGUGUGUUCUCAUUUUUAAAAAGAGUUUUAGUCAAACCUUUAAAAACUCAGAAAGAAUGGCAGUAUAAAACACAAACACACACACAAAAGAGUUGUUACAAGGGUUGCACGCCACCCCCAAUCUCUGCCGUGGCAGCAAGAUUCCAGGGGGUUCCAGGCACUCACCCAGGGUCAUGUUUCCACUGGGAAUCAAAACACAGUGGAGACUGUCAUGUCUUUAAGAGAUACGGUUUAUUAACACGUAUUUACAACCAGGGUACAGGUGGAGGGAGUGCAGAGUUAACAGCAUUCACAUCCCAAGAAGGGCUUGUCCUUCACAGCAGCUGGGCAUUGCAUCCAGAGGCUUUCUAAGCACCACCUCUGUGCCUCUGCCCCAGCUUGUCUCCAGCCAGCCCCUAUGGCGUCUGCCUUUCAGCUCCCUCCCCAACAUAGAGUUGUCCCCACCUCCUGCUUCUCCUUCCCAGAAAACCCCUUGCCAAGCAACUCAUCCCCCUUUCCCUGCUGUUCCAAGCCUAGUUUUAAAAGGUGAUGAUUUCCCUGUAUCCUAUGUGAUCGGUUGGCAAAGACCCAUCAACACCUUUUGUCAUGCUUAAUGGCUUCCAUCCCAGAUGAGGCCCUGGCCUGGAAAGGGAGCUUACCUUGUAUUUUUCCACUGGCCUGCAUCUUCCCUUCAAUACUUCAUAAACCAACUAAUUCUUACCCCUUAAUUAAUUUCUAACAUUCACUAACUCUAGCAGUUAUGGGUUCCCUUCCACCCUCAAACUCUUGUUACCCCAGAUCUGUAACAAUAUAUUACAACUCUAAAAGUCCCAAGCAUGUAACGUGUUUGUGAAAAACAAACACAAAGGCUGCUCAAUUCACAGAGGCCAAAUUCCGUACAUGCGAGUAAAUAACCCUCAGACUUUUUGCCUCCCAAACUAUUUCCUCAGAUGUUCUCCCAUCCAGCCACAUGUUAGACAAAUUUGUCAUCUUAAGGACCCUGGUGACAGCUUGGGUAGAAGUGCUUUCAAGUGCUUCUUAUCCUACAGGUUGCUAGUGACUUCUUCGUUCUAAUGCAGAGCUGUUCAGAAUAUACUGCUGGGGUAAUUAGGAAUUACAAUAUUGUACAAGCCUAUUCAUCCAAAUGGCAUUAGGCACUGGUCUUGAACUGGUGGCUUCUGUGACCAGAUCCUAUAUCAUAGCUGGAUACAAAGUGUGUCAUGGUAGUGAUAUCACCAAUUUUUCUUUCUUUUUGGUUGACUUUUUUGAAAUAGAAAGAGGGUGAGAGAGAAAAGAACACAGGGAAGAGGGAGAAAGGAGCAAGGAGUAAAAAUGAUGAUGAACAGAACAUGCCUGUAUUGCCAUAUAUGGUAAAAUAGUCAAAGAGGACCUCAUACUGUGGGUUGAGGUUAAAGUUGGGUCAUGGGACUCAAAAGGUUGAAGGCUGCUUACCUCAGGGACAUUGUAAAUGUCCAUAAAGCCACACAAACAUGAGCCAGCCCCACCUGCAUGUGCUUCAUUUGAUUCCUUACCACUUAAUGCCUCACGGCUGAGGCCUGGAGUAUCCGUCGCUUGCAACAGCAAUGUGGCUGCUCCAAUAUUGCUGUGGGUAAAUGUGUGGAACAAAUCUAUCAUGUGCGUGUUGGGAAUGACAGUGUGGUUUUCUACCAUGCCAGCAUCUGGUACUUGAGGGGGCCGAAAAUGCUGGUGUGUGUGUGAGAGAGAGACAACCAAAUUGCCAAAUCUGACCACAAGAUUGUUGACCUUCAAACGUUACCUUUGCCACUGCAGUGGGCCAGAGUGUGUGAGGUGAUUCACGGUCCGAAAGCAUUGCGCAUGGGGUGCUAUGGAAGUUCUGUCCAUGGUUCUGGAUAGAGCACAGAUGGAAUCCAUCACUGGAUGCUCUGUUCCUCAAGGGAUGGGGUGUGCAUGUGUUCACUUGGCCCCAGCUGUGGAACAAGUGGCUUUGGGCUGCCACUAUCUGGUUAUUUUAUAGGUCUGAACAAUCAGAGAAUGCCUGCCCCCAACUACAUUAUAGCUUUUGCAUGAUCGCCCCUUCCUAAGUUAAUGAAGUCAUAGCCAGUCAAUAGCAAAUGGAUUAAGGAGGGGGAAAUGGCCUUGUUGUGGUGUGCUAGCCCUACUACUGUGUGGACACAAGAAGUGGGGGAAUUUGUCGUUCACACUAUAAGCAAUAGGCAAACAGUUGCACAACCAUAUUUUACAUGGCAGUGGUAACAAUAAUAGAUGUGCUGCUGGAGAGUGGGGUGGAACCACAUUUUCCCAGGUACAAAACAGUGUGACACCGAGGCUCACAAAAUGUGAUAUCCUUGCAAUCUCUAGAAAAUACAUCUAGGCACAUAGGACCCUGACUUAUAACGAGUCAGAACAUUCGUGCUCAGUAUUGUCUACCCUGAUGCGCAACUGGUCUCCAGGGUUUAAGACAGGGAACAUUCCCAACCCUACCAGGAGAUGGUGGGGUUGAGCCUGGGACAUUCUGCAUACCGGACAGGGGUUCUGCCUCUGAGUUAUGGCCCUUUCCCAUUGCACAUUUGCUGCACUAAAACCUGGCUCUUGAGAAGACCUUGUGACUCUUAGAUUUGGAUAAAGGGGGAAGUUCUUCACUUUAAAAUGCAAUCCUAUACAUGUCUGCUUAGCAGUAUGUUCCUUGGCGAUAGGGUUGCAGUCUUAGUAUUGCAUUACCAUAUUGGGAAAAUAACAAAAUGAGUGUAGAAGGUUAACAUUUGAUUGGCAGCUGUUAAGAAAGAGGCGAUGCACAUGAUUCACUUCCUCCUGGAGCCGGAUUGGGCGGCUCCUGCAGACUAAUCAGGAUGCUGCCUUCUAGGAUCCUACUUGCCUAUUGUUCUAGGAUCCAAGCUCAGUACAUAAGACACAACAUUGUACUUUACCUAUGUCAUGAUUUCUUCUCCUCCACUUUCAGUCUAUGAGAUGAACAAAGACUUGGAAAAGAACAAAGUCAACUUACCUUUAGCAGAAAAACUGGCAAGCUAUUUUGUCAAUGACAGCAUGCUUGCCUAUGAUAUUGAGCAAAUGGAGGCAAGCUCACAAAGACAAGGAGACAAUUGGAUCAGAAAUCUAAAGGAAGAAAUUCACGUAAUCAAACUGAGCAACCAACAUUUAGAAUGGAGAAUGACCAAUUUUACAGGUAUUUUCUUGCUUCUCCUUGGCUGGACAUCAUUUUGGGGGGCAGUUAAUGUGUGAAUAGGCAUUUCAGUAACCUUCCCAUCCAAUCUUACAUGUUUCACAUGAACUACACAAAAGACAGGGUGUGGUUUUUUUAACAAAAAAGCAAGGGAAGGGAAAGAGGGGAGGAAUCAAGAUGUGAGGAAACAGUAUAUACACACACAACGGGAAGGUAAAGCCAAUAAAACUAAUCACCAGUGGUUAUUGAGUCCAUUACAGGAGCUACUGCCCUGGCUGGCAAUUAGGCCUUCCGUCUUAUUGAAUAAGUCAUUAAAGCAAUCUAUAAUCGGUGUUUGAGCCUCUCAGAGAAAGGAGCCAGUCUCUCUAAGACAAUUUGUAGUGAAGAGAAAUGCAUUAACGGCUCAUUCAAUAAGGCUGAAGCUUGCUCCAAAUGGUACCUUUGCACUGCACGGCUCUCUGGCUUCACAGUGAAGGUAUGUAUGCUGAAACAAAGAAAGAGCAGUGCUCUGGUGCAGCCCAUCCCAUUGCCAGGAGACCAGUCCUGUUUCUAAAGCUGAGCUUGUCAGCCUGGUACUGUUCAGGGUUAAGCAGUUUCAUGAGAAAGUCCAGCUCACCUACUCUAAGCCUGUACAGCAUCCUGAGGACAAGCAUGGAGGAUCAGAGUAAAUUUGGGGGAGGGGAAAACGUUUUUUGGACUCCCCAUUAAAACAAUUGUCCUCUUUUGCUACAGUUUUCACUGAAACCAAUGAGCUGGUGGAAUUCUGCCUAGAGUUUGUUCUUUUUGAAGAAACAGUGGUCACCUCACGAGAUUAAAGCUUUCAUUUUAACUGUAGACGUCUUCCACCAUUGGUAGGAGAUUUCUAGUAGCUAUCAAUAUCUGUUUCAGAACAACUGGAAAGCCGUGCACUUCAAGGGCCUCCAGGACCUCCAGGUGGGUGGAAACGCAUCAUUUUGAAUCUCUGCAUCUACAGAUCUUGCCCAAGUCCUAUGAAGCAGCUGCAGAGGACCCAACAGCCCUAUUUGAUUGCUGUCAUUUAUUUUAUUUUCAUAUUUUAUUAUUUACUCUCAGACAAAUAUAUGACAAAUAGCAUAAACAGAACGUACAAUUACAAUCAUAAAAUUUACAAACCACAAAAGCAACUGAUAUGAGAGUACAGUGGUACCUCGGGUUACAUACACUUCAGGUUACAGACUCCGCUAACCCAGAAAUAUUACCUCGGGUUAAGAACUUUGCUUCAGGAUGAGAACAGAAAUCGUGCUCCGGCAGCACGGCAGCAGCUGGAGGCCCCAUUAGCUAAAGUGGUGCUUCAGGUUAAGAACAGUUUCAGAUUAAGAACGGACCUCUAGAACGAAUUAAGUACUUAUCCCGAGGUACCACUGUAACUAAAUUCGGCAUUCACCAACACAGAAACAAGGGCCCGAUAGGAUUGCAAGUUUAUAUGCACAACACAGUUUCACAUGACAUCCAAACCAGGAAACUGUGGUUUAAGGACAACUUCCAAACCAGAUUAUGAAAUCCAAACCAGGCUAGGAAUGAGCACAUGGCUCAUUUUUUGUACUGUACAAUCUUGUGUUAAGAUUGUGGUGCCUGAAUGGGACCACUGAAAGAUGCAGAAAUAUAUUGAUGUCACAGCUUAAUGAGUGAAAAUUUACAUCUUCAAUAAAAUGAAAUAACAGGCAGGCAGGCAGGAAGGCAGGCAAACAGGGUUCAAUGUGAACCCCAUAAAAUUAUGUGGCUAAUAUGUGACUUUAAGUGAGGAAAGGUAAGGUAGGAGCUUCAGCCAUUUGCAAUUAGUACAGUGUAUUCGAGUUGCAACACACACAUGUUCUGGACAUCUUUCAGGAAGUAAAGGUGAGAAAGGAGGCAUCAGCUUAAGAGGAAGCCAAAGAGAGCCAGGACCAAAGGACAAGCAAAGAACAUGAAAUCUCAAAUCUUCAAGGAGUGGAGGGGGAUGGGGAUCAAUAUUUAACAUUUUUGACAUGCUGUUGUUGUUUUCAGGCGCAGGAUUGCCUGGACCAAAAGGAGAAACUGGUAAUGUUGCUUGCCCACUUCUGUCACUAUAAUACCUGUAAACAUUUGGGCAAUUCCCUUGAACCCACAAUUGAAUGGAGGCACUUCAGAUAGUUUUUACACUGAGUCUAUGGCAGGAAUUGUCAAAAGGGAUGAGCAGCUCUUCUGUGCCCCUAUAAUGGAGAUGUAGCGCCUUUGCAAGCCUGUAAGGAGGACAUACGUUUUAAAAUGAAUCAACCGUACUUCCUAAAUGCUCCAGCAGAAUCCAAGGAGAGUAGAGGGGGCCGUUCCUUUGAGUUUAGGAGGGAAAGCGAUGGGAAGUGCAUGGCCACACCUCAUUUUGGAUAGAGAUGUUAAACUCAAGAUAGGAGCCCUUCUUUUAAAGAAGGGGAGGAGAAAAUUGGACUGAAUUGGAGAAAAGAGUCAGGGAAUAUUGAUACUUUGCUAACUCCUCCACUGUUCUACUGCAAUCCUCACUUCUCCCAUCCAUGUUUCUCUCUUCAGAGUUCUAGGUGUGUGUUUAUAUAGUGACAUGCCUUUAGUGAUAUUUGGAAAGGGUCUUCCUAUCCCAUAUUCUAUAUAAGUGUUUUUGGUAAGUAAAUGCUACUGUAGUCAAUGGGACUCGCUUCAAGGUAGUUGCAAAGAGGACUGCAACCUCAAUGUAUUUAUAUUUUAGGAUCUCCAGGAAUGAGAGGACCUCCAGGUACCCAGGGAGAGAAGGGUGAUACAGGUAAUGAAAGAAGAGCUGUAGAAACAAAUGUUGAAAAGCAGGUGAAAUUCCACCUCAUUUGCUUUUCAAGCUUACUAUUAUUUAUAAUAAUUUUUAUUAAGUUUUCAAUUUUACAUUUCAAAAUAAACAUUUUACAAACUUUAAAAUAUCCAAUGACUUCCAUUCUUCUUUUUUCAUGGUUCAUUUUACAUAUCAUACAUUCCUGCAUAUUUUACUAUAAUCAUUCAAAUCAGUUUUCCACUUUUACAUCCAUCAAAAAUUAUUUUCUCUGCUGAACUGAUCUUAGUGCUGCUAGCAUUUUCAUCUGUAUACAGUUAUUUUCCAUAUAUUCAACUCAUAGUUUUUUUUCAUUUGCAAUACCAUAUAAUUUAACCUCCACCUAAACAAAGAACAUUUCUCACCUGUUAAUACUGUUAUCAAGAUGGCAUUGUGAUCGGAUAAUGUCUUGGGUUGAAUGUCUACCCUUUUUACCAUACUUGUUAAUUUUUACGAAGCUAAUAAAAGAAUGUACAAUUACAAUCAUAAAAUUUUAAAACCACAAAAGCAACUGAUAUGAGAGUAACUAAAUUCGGCAUUUACCAACACAGAAACAAGUGCUUUAAGAAUUGUUUGCAUUUGAAAAAAUUACAUUGGCAAUCUAAUGGAUGCUUAAGUCGCCACAGGUCAGUUAAGUCAAAACUGGACACCAUAUCAAAAAGGCAUUUGAUAAUUUCCCUUCUUCUCCACUUUAUUAUUAUUUCUCUGUAUUUUUAUUUCAGGAACCAUGGGGCCAAAGGGCUCAAAAGGAGAGCGAGGACUGCAAGGUAAGGCUCCUUCCACUGGCUUGCAAUGGAUGAAGGCAUAUUAGGUGUAAAGCCCGCAGCAUUCUGAUGCACACUGAGAAAUCUUCUUUACAUUACACCACUGGCACUACCAGAGUAACUGAACCAGCAUUAUGGCCAUAAUCUAGAUCAGGGUAGCCAAUGUGGUGCCCUCCAGCUUUUGCCAGACUACAACUUUCAUCAGUCCUAGCCAGUAUCGCCAAUGAUCUGGGAUGAUGGAAGUUGUAGGUCAACAGCAUCUAUCCCUGAUAUUGAUUUACACCAGCCUUCCCAAACUUGGUGACCUCCAGAUGUUUUUCACUAUCAUUCCCUGCAUUCCUGACCAUUUGGCUAUGCUGACUAGGCUGGUGGGAUUUGUAGUCCAAAACAUCUGGAGGGCACCAGACUGGAGGGAGGCUGAUUUACAGCAAUCUAUCCAGUUGUAAAAUGCAGGGGCGGAGAAAGGGGGGCAGUGGGGGCGGGCCACCCUGAGUGUCACCGCUGAGGGUGGUGACAAAAUGCCAGGCGGCACUCACCACGGGGCCUGCAGCGUGCCCAAGCCAUGCGUCUCUCCUGGAAGUGACACGGUGGCUUGCGUGACUGCAAGCUCCCCACUGCCUAAACGGUCCACCUACCAUCUCCUCCUCAGCUGUAGGGCGGCUGAAGGGGAGGAGGCAGGCAGAUUCCUCAGAGGCCCCACGGAGCAUCCUGCCCCGGCUUGCCCCGCCCCCACGGACAGUUGGCCCCACCCUGCACACUGCCCCAGGAGCCCGAUCAGCUUGCUCCACCGCUGGUAGAAUGUGCCAUUCUUAUUGUUUUUUCUUAAAAUAGACCCCUCCCCUCCAAUUUUGUAUAUGCACAUAAGAACUUUGCUGGAUCAGCCCAGAGGUCCACCUAGUCCAGCAUUCUGUUUUCAGCUGUAACAAGCCAGAUGUCCCUAUGAAAUUCACAGAUUUGGCAUGGAAAUGAUAGAUAUCCCCUGUGCUUUGUCCACACCUUUGGUAAUCAGAGGUAGCUACGACUGUCUCUGAACAUAUAAGUCCCCUCUAGCUUCCAGAGCUAACAGCCAUUCCUAGAUCUACCUUCCAUGUGCACGUUCAUCCAAAUGCAUGUCAAGUUGAGAGUGUCAGUUUUUCAAGAAUUAAGAAACCAGAAAGGCAUUUUUACAACCACCCAGCUGGCAGUCCUGCUUUGAGCGAGGAUUCAGAGAACUCAACCAAGGUGAUAGGACAAAACUCACAGCUGCUUAAACUAGGAAAAAGCAAUGACUGGAAACUAACAGUACAAAUUUCAGAUGACUUAGAAGACUCAAUGGCUGUGUGAGGACCCAAUAAAAGGUUUGGCUUCUGACAAUCAGUAUGUCAUAAGAUGCCAUCACAAGUAAGCCAGUUUCCUCAAAUUGCAGCUUUCAUGCAUCCUGGGAAGAAUUAACAUGUACAUUUCUGAUGGCAAGGCAUCCUGUGACCAUUGUAAACAUUCUGCAAUGUGCACAGGCAGAAUUGUUUUAAGACCUGAAACCACUUACAUCAAAUUACAGUGGAACCUUGGUUCUCAAACUUAAUUCAUUCCAGGAGUCCGUUCGACUCCCGAAACCAUUUGAAAACCAAGGAGCAGCUUCCGAUUGGCUGCAGGAGCUUCCUGCACUUAAGCGGAAGCCACAUCGGACAUUUGGCUUCCCAAAAAAGUUUGCAAACCGGAAUAGCUACUUCAUGGUUUGCAGUAUUCGGGAGCUGAUUUGUUCAUCAACUAAGCCAUUCGAGAACCAAAGUACCACCAUACUUCUGAAAGAAGGCAGUGGAAUCACUAGUAUAGCAACUGUGUUGCUUUAAAACAAACAAAUAAAUAAAUCACAAUUUUGUUCGUGUGUGUUUUAAAAAAAUACAGGUUUAAAUGGACUUGAUGGUGAAAAGGGAUCUGAAGGAAAUCUUGGGCCGGCUGGUCCAAAAGGUGAACCAGGAACAAAAGGGGAAAUGGGAGACAGGGGACCUCAAGGUAAGACUUUGCCAAGAGUGUUCAUAAUCUUUAUGAUAUUUAAUAUUUGGAGAAAUUUGCACUAAAAUGCUGGUGAUUUUCAUGAGGACUUAAAAAUAAGAAUAAUUGCAAACUGAUAUGGAAAUGUGGAGACUUGAACUUCAGACUGGAGAAACUGAGGAAACAAAUGGACAGAUUCACCCAUUUCUAGAUAGGACUGUUCUCCUGCUUGCUUGAGUUGAUCCAACUUGUAUCAGUUGGUCACCACAUGCAAUGGUGUGGAAUAGUAUGAAGAUUAUCACUGUUGCCCAUAUUAUUAAUCAUUAUACUGACUUCCCUAAGAUACUGGGAGGCAGGAACAGAAUUGUGUUUUUCUGAACUACUGCCUGUAGACUGUCCUGUAUAUCUCAGAAACUAAACAGGCAGUGGAGUUACCUUUUCCCCUUUGAAAUGAUAGCUAGCAAUGUGGACCAGCUGCUGACCAGGUAAGUGACUUAGAGGAAGGUCAGCACCCUCAUGCAUGUUGGGAGCAGGGCACUUCACUAACCACCUAUUGUUGACCAGCUUGUGUAGGCUGCUUGGUUUGGUGCUCUUGUGGCCUGGUAUGUGGUACCUGCUGAACAAUGAACAGUAGGGGGUGGUUAGCAUGGUAGGUCAGACAUACACCCACAGUUUCCCAUCAUGCCGGUUUGGAUGAUGGAGUUGAUCUGGGGAGGCAACCAGCCAUUGGGCCAGACUUGUUGUUUUUAUAGACAUAACAAGGUAUUGAGUUGCUUGUGGUAGCCAAGGCUAUAUACUUCUAGAUUCAUUUUCCAGAACUGAUAAUGAUGUUCUUGCAAACAGCAUUAACUUGGCCUCAAACAGCCCUGUGCCAACAAGUCAACUCUAUGCAUGUCUUUGAAGGAGGCCAACAAUAUGUAUAAUGUCCUAUUUUCUUUAUACACUGCAUCACAGAAUCAGGCAGUCACUGGAAAAGGGAGAAAGCAAAUUUAACUCUGUACAGUCUAAUAUUUCAUUUUGGGCAUAUGUGUAUGCAAUACAGGCAAUGAGUAUUUAAUUAUCUUUCUGUCUCUGAUUAAUGCAAAGGUGUUUAUAGUAGGAUUUAUCUGGUACAAACUAAUACGGUGUAAUUUAUAUGCAUAAGCAUGUGUGUGUUUGGCUAGUUGGAGAUAUUGUGAAGUCGAUUUCUGAGUUGUUUGUAUCAUGUAUAAGCCAGAGUUUUGUCUUAGUUAAACAGAAGAAUUAUGCAACGUGUAACUUCCAUUAAAUUGGCAUUUGCAAGCCUUAACAGGGGCAUGAAUGCUAAAAAGAGAAGGCAAAACCCUCCCCCAAAAAACCAGAGCAUCACCAAUGCAGAAAAGAGCCAAGAUAAUGCAUAGAAGAUCGAGAAAUGGAUCAAAUUUUCAGUAUACUUUUCUUGACAGUAACAUUUCUUAAAAGUGCACGCCAGCUAAAAGCUAGGUAUGAAACCAUUAGCCUCUCUAGUGAAUUGGCAUUUAUGAUUGUUAAUUAAUGUUUCCAUUUUAUGUAAUGUACUUUACAGGAAUACAAAGGAAUUUAGUAUUAUUGUUGAUUUAUUAUUCAAGGCAGUCCCCCUCCCUCUGCAUCCCUGGCACUAGAAGACCCUCUUUAUCUUCAGCAGUUGUGUAGAAUGGAAAAUCCAGCAGGCAUAGCUUUUCUUGUCCUGUUUAAGAAGUUAUAGCAGACCAAGUUCCUUCUUCCAUUGGAGCCCUGGCUUCCUUGCUUCCUGAAACCCAAGAGAGAGAAGAAAGGCAGAGUACAUACCCUCCAACAUUUCUCCAAUGAAAAUAGGGGCAUCCCAUUCCAUAAUGUUAAUUUUACUGUUUAUACCCCACACAUUUUAUUAGGUUGCCCCCGCGCUCUGGGCAGCUUCCAACAUAUAAAAAAAAUAACAAAACAUUAAACAUUAAAAAAAACCUUCCCUAUACAGGAUUGCUUUCAGACAGCUCAGGAGGCAGAUAACUCCAUACCCUCCAACAUUCCUCCAAUGAAAAUAGGGACAUCCAAAGGAAAAGUGGGACAUUCUGGGAUAAAAUCAGAAACCAGGAUGGCUUCUCUAACUCAGGGACGUCGCUAGAAAAUAGGGACACUUGGAAGGUCUGAGAAAUAGCAAUACACACACACACAUAACACACAGUUAAAGGAGGGCUUUAUGCUCCAUCUUAUGAAUAAGGGUGAGGAACCUGUCUUAAAAAGUGGAAGUUCAUUGUUCUGAAAGUGUGUCCAUAAGAGAAGGCAACUAUCACACACGGGAAAUGAGGACCAGAGGAGAGAGACACUUGCAAGCCAGGAAAAAUUACUGUGCUGUCAGUUUGUUCAGCAACGUUACAUGAAUGUUUAAAGUAGCUGAAACAGUUAAAUAGUGAACAGGAGUAGAGACGAUACUGGCAGACAGACUCAAGACUCAGCAUUGUCUCUCCAAAGCCUAAGCUCAGCCUGAAAACCUUUAUCGCCAUACUUGUAAAGGGGAAGCCCAUGGGUUGCUUGACUGGGACCUGGAAAGGACACUGCCUGCCUUGUACUCUCAGGCUGAAUAUCAGUUAGGUUGGGCAGCCUAGUGAAGCUCUAUACAGUUUAGCCCUCAGGGUUUGUGUCAGUCACCAAGCAACAAAAUAUUGACCCCGUCUCUUCCAGGAGCUUUAAAACAAAAGCCGCAUAAAAUCAACAUGCAUUGAAAGCUUGUUCAAUGUUUGGAGUGGUUAGGGGAGAGGUUAUUAAGAGUUUUAUUGUUUCCUUUGGCAACACUUACACAUUGUUCUAACUUGGGAGUUUAUGGUGAAGGGCAGAUAAGGAAUCUAAUAAAUAAUAUAUUGUAUGUGCUAACGCCUGAAACAAGCUUGGUCUGUAGGUCUUCCAGGACUCCAAGGACCAGCUGGUGGAAAGGGGGAUCUGGGCCCAAGAGGACCAGUUGGUCUCACAGGAGCGAAGGGUGUGCAGGGAGAACGAGGCCUGCCAGGUGAGUGGACACAGCAAAGCGCCAAACCUAAACGACAUCUGCCAUGUUUUUAGGCUUGAGACUAGCCUUACUGACUUAGCCCAACACUCCCUGAAUCUUCAUCUUGUCAGUGCUUGGUUCAGAUACUGUAAGGGAAGAAUAUAACCAGAGAAAACCAUGCCUGGAUCUUGUCACUCUUAAGGGUAAAGACAGACAGGCAUUCUAAGGCCUGGUUUGCACAAUAGGGGAAGCUAAACCAUGGUUUAUCAAGACCACACAAACUGAAUAGUUCUUCCUUCUGUAUAUUUCUGUUAAUCUUCUUGGAAUCCAGUGAUACUCUUUGCCACAGUUAUAUGCAGGCAUGCACAAAUCAGCUGCUGCUUUUCUCAUUUCAUCUUAUAUUGAAAGUUCAGGGGUCUGUUCAUCAUCAUCAUCAUUUUUUAUAUGCCGCCUUUCUAUAGUUAAAACUAUGUUCAAGGAGGCUUACAGCAGAAAAAGAUUUACAUGAUUACAAACAUAGCAAAAGAAGUAAUAAACAAUAAAUAAAACACAAUGAAAAGUACACAACCAAAUCGAACAAUUUCCACAUAAAUUAUAAGAUCAAAAUUUAAUAUCAAUAGCAGCAGCAACAACAUUAUCCCUGCUAGCAACACCCCCUAUGCCCCAGGCCAAGACUCUAUUCUCAUGCCUCCUUAUAUUCUGUUAGCCAUUUGUAACUUAACUGCAAAAUAAAGAUAGAAGCAUCCCAUAUACUAGCAAUUUAUGUUCUUUUGUGUUCAUUUAUGUUCUCUUAUGUUCAUUUGUGUUCUAUUUCAGGUAUACGUGGUCCCCAAGGACCUCCUGGACAACCAGGUAUAUUGCAAUUAACCUCCUGGACAACCAGGUUAAAUGCAAUUUAACACAAAUACUUCCUACCAUUUGUGCUUCAUUUAAGGUUCUAUUUAGACUGCAAUGUUGUACACACUUACAUGACUGUAAGUCAACUGAAUCCAGCAGAGCUUAUUUCUCAGCAGAUAUAAUCCUAUACAUGUUUACCCAGAAGUGUAACUCUGUUCAGUGGGGCUUACUCUGAAGUAAAUGUGAUAUGGAUUGUACACUAAUAAUACUUACCCUGUGGUACCUGCCUCUGAGUAAACAUGCCUAGGAUUUUACUAGUAAACUGCUUCUGAUUUCACCAACCUGGAACUAACUCCAAAGAAUUAUUUAAAAAGACAAAUAUUCUUUGAAACAGUUCCAUUCUGGGGUCCUAAGGCAAACUACGACUGACUUAUCUAGUGAAAUACUGCUGGGAAGUUGCUGUUUUGGUUUCUUCAGUGGAUUUUUGGGCAAGAGGUUCAGGACUAACUUGUGCAUCACUUGCUACAACAGCAAAAAAGUAAAUGCUGAUCAGCUGCCAUUGGUUGAUCAACAGAUGCCUCUACGAUCCUUAAAAGGCUUUUGUUUUCCUCAGGUUUGUCAAUAAGUUUGGUGGUGACUUAAUAAUUGAAAUGAAUUCUGACUCUCUGGCCUUGUCCAUUCUAACUAUCAUGCUACUUUAUAGAUUUGCAGCCAAAGUCUGUGGUUAUACACACAAACGCAAAAUGAUAAAUCAACAGGAAGCUGGUGUGAAAUGACUGAAGAAGACAAUUUCCCUUUGUUGGAAGGCAAUAUUUAAGAGAGAGGCAUCUGUGGAAUGCAAGUGCUGUGUUGUUGUCAAGGGAUGUCUUGUCCUGAGCCUUUGAAAGGAUGAGGAACAAAGGAAGCUUCCUUAUUCUGAGUCAGACCAAUUGGACUAUUUAGCUCAGUGUUGUCAACACUGAUUGGUAGCAGGUCUCUUGGGUUUCAGGCAAGGGGCAAUCCCAGUUGCCAGGGAUCGAAGCUGGGACUUUAUUUCUGCAUGCAAGGCAGGAGCUGUGCCAGCACUAGGCUGCAGUCCUUCUAAACCUUCCCUCGUUCACCAAAUAUGACAGAUACUUCAGUGCUUGAUUGCUCUCUCAGUGUCAUUCGGGCUUUGACCAAGCUUCUUUGGUUCACUUACAAGGUCCUGCAGGCAGCAUGGCGCCACCAGGAAGUCCUGGCCCAAAGGGAGUGCAAGGGGAGAAAGGACAGAAAGGAGAAGCAAGCACCCUUCCAGGUAUACAAAUGGGAAUGUUGCUCAAUCUGUUGAAAUACUGAUUCCCAAGAAGUUUCUGACCUAACCUUCCCCUUUAUUCUUUCAGGAGUACCAGGAGUGAAAGGCGAUCGGGGGGAAAGGGGUUACAAAGGUGAUCCAGGUAAAAAUAUAAAUGGAAGUGGAAGAACCCAGGGUGUGAGCAAAACACAUCUCAUUCAGAGAGAUGUGAGAUGCCAUAAGGCCAGGACAAAUCCUUUGCUGUGGUAUCUAAGUGUUUUACAGAGAUGUAUCACCAAUGGAAAAGAGUUUUUAUUCAAAGUCGGUCUUUUAGUUCUCCAACAUUCCCCAGGCUGAAUCUAGCUUCAGAGCUAUCUGACCUCUGACAGCCUGGUCAAAAGCUGAUCAAGGUAUAGUUGGCAUUUCCAGAAAAAUUACCCAGAGAUCUGCUGGUAGGUUCUGCUCCACUUUCUCCUCACCCCAGUUCUAGCUAAUUCAGGACUCUAAACUGCUUUACAGAAAUCAAUGGGACAUAGUCUCUCCUGUGAAAAUUCCCUGAGGAAAAUAGCCAUGGAGUGGGGCAAUACACAUUCCUAGCAUGGAUCUCCUGUCCUUUUUUUUUUUGGAGAAAUAAAUCAGACCACUGGUCCAUCUAACCCAGUAUCCAGUGUGGACUACAGCUCCAGUAAUCUCUGACCAUGAUCCAUGUUGGCUGGGGCUGUUGUGAGUUUGAAUCGAGCAGUGUUUGGAGUGCACUAUGUUGGCUACAUUGGCCUAUGAUGACUGGCCUAUGAUGACUGGCAGCUGCUCUCUAGAUUUAGAUGGGAUUUCUCCUACUUCUACCUGCAGCAGCAGUGCAUGAGGAGGGCCACUCCUCUACGGCCCCAGCACCCUGCUGCCACUCACUGGGACAGGAAGAGGGCGGGGUAAGGCAAGGCAGCAGUGUGAUGGGUGGUGUUGGUAUGCCACAGGUGUGCACUGCUAACCCAACUUGGCCCUGCGACCGUGGGUGCCUGGGGCUGUGGGUGCCAUGCGGCGUGCCUGGCCCUGGUACCAAAAUUUGUGGGUGCUCAGUCCUUUCAAGGGGAAAUUUUGUGGCUGCUCAAGCACCCAGGACCCCAGGGAGUUGGCACCUACGUAACCCAGCGUUCCCCUGACCUCUCUGCUGUCUCUCACCCUGCCCCAUUCUGGUUAGCAGCUCCCAAUCCACCUCCCAACUCCCCAUGCAUCACAGCUGUCUAUAUGGAGGUGGCAGGCCUCUUUUGCAUCCGCAUAGUUAAAACUUUAUCUAAAUACAUACAUGUAGUAGAAUUUUGAAUAUUAAGCAAAAGUUUGAAAUUCCCAUUGUCUUUGGAUUUGCCACUUUAUAUUCUUUCCCCCUCCCUCCGCCCCCAUUAUUUUAGGCAUACCGGGAAGUAAAGGGUCGAAGGGAGAUCAGGGAAUGACAGGUAAGGCAUUUGCUGGAGUUCUUAAAUGAAAGUGACGACUCCGUAGAAUCAAAGCUGUGUACUCCAUACCUUCGGCCCAGUGUACUUGAAGGAGCAUCUCCACCCCCAUCGUUCAGCCCAGACACUGAGGUCCAGCGCUGAGGGCCUUCUGGCGGUUCCCUCACUGCAAGAAGUGAGGUUGCAGGGAACCAAGCAGAGGGCCUUCUCGGUGGUGGAGCCCGCCCUGUGGAAUGCCCUCGCACCAGAUGUCAAGGAAAUAAACAACUAUCCAACUUUUAGAAGACAUCUGAAGGUUGCCCUGUUUAGGGAAGUUUUUAAUGUUUGAAGGUUUAUUCUGUUUUUAAUGUUCUGUUGGAAGCCACCCAGAGUGGCUGGGGAAACCCAGUCAGAUGGGCAGGGUAGAAAUAAUAAAUUCUUCUUCUUCUUCUUCUUCUUCUUCUUCUUCUUCUUCUUCUUCUUCAUUAUUAUUAUUAUUAUUAUUAUUAUUAUUAUUAUGCUCCCCAGAGUGACUUACAGUUAAAACAUAAUGCAAAAAUACAAUGCAAUGCAGUAUUAAAAUGCAGCAAAGCUGUAAUAGUGACAUGGGCAUAUAAACUCUCAAGAGGACAAAGCAAAAACCAGUACUCCAACUACUUAAAAAGUUGCUUUAAAAGCUUGGGGAAAGAAAAAUAGCUUGAGCUUCCUUAGAGAGAGCAAUCAUGAGAUCGGGGAAGCACUACUGAAAAGGAUCUGUCCCAGUUGCUACCUGGUGAACAUCAACUCUGAUAAUGCCUCUUUUUUGACUGAAUGGAGGAUAGAGAGGAAUAUGUGACUGUGUGCAGAAAUUAGCCCACAGUACAAAGGUGAAAUUCACAUUCAUUGCUCCGCUGAGUUUUAUCUGAGGGCCACAUUCCUUUCCCUGCAACUUUCCAGGGGCCACAUGCCAGGAAUUUGAUGGAUUGCUGUGUUACGUUCUAAAAUUAUUCGACCUUUGACUUCUAUUGUAAUGAUGUAGUGAUUUGCAGUUUUGCUGUUCUGUUGUGAGCCACUCUGAGCAUGUUUUAAUGGGGAAAGCGGCAUACAGAUUUAAAUAAUAAAUAAAUAAAGCCCAUUGUGUUCCCCACGGCUUACUCUGUGUUUAGGACCACAACCCUUAACUUUCAUUUCUGUGGAAAAGGCAGAGGAAUGGCAGGAUCCAUUUGGUUAUUGCACAAUAAUGGUUUCAUGGCUUCUGCAGGUAAUGCCUCUUGUGCCAUUUGCUGUUGUCUUGUCCCUGUGAAAUUGAGACACCCACCUUUCUUACUUAGGGAGCAAAGGCAUGCCUGGUGAAAAAGGAAGUAAAGGAAGUGCCGGAUCUAAUGGGGAGAAAGGCGAACCAGGAAGAAAAGGAGACAGAGGCAAUCAGGGAUAUAGAGGUAAAAGAAAGAAGGCAAGACAGAAAGAGACGACUGAUUACUAUCUGAUGUGCUUUAUAUUGGCACCAAGUUCAUGGCAGAGAUUACUUCUGAACUGGGAAUUUUCUUAUUCAUAGUCCAGUUUCUUAGCCACUAUAUUCCAGCAGUUAGCUCCAAGCCACAGUUUGCAAUGAUCAUUACACUUGGUUUGACCUAACCAUGGUUAGCAAUGUUGCACUGUGCUUAGAGGAGUGAAAUUGAACAUGAGAAGGCAGGAGAAGGAAGAGGAAGAGGGCAUGUCUGGGUCGGGGGGGGUGUUCCCCAUCUUCUGAAUAUGAUUAGUAAACUUGGCAGCUUUUGCACUAGGCAAAAACCAGAAAUACUGAUAUCUUAUGCAGUUAAGGGAAACUAAAAAAAAAUUCAUUUGAACCUUAUUAAUGCAAAAAAUUAUCUAGAUGUGCCAUCAUUCAUUUGUUCCUUCUGUGUUAAAUCAGGAGCAACAGGUGUACAAGGGAUUAAAGGUGAAAAGGGGGAUUCAGGCAAGUAUGGUCUUUUUCUCUAUAAGUAUAUAAACUUUUCCCAAUCCAAUGUUUUGUGGAGCUUCAUUGUAAUUAGACAUGGGUGGCGCUGUGAUCUAAACCACUAAGCCUCUUGGGCUUGCCGAUCAGAAGGUCACCGGUUUGAAUUUCUGUGAAGGAGUGAGCUCCCAUUGCUCUAUCCCAGUUUCUGCCAACCUAGCAGUUCGAUAGCAUACCAGUGCAAGUAGAUAAAUAGGUACCACUGUGGCGGGAAGGUAAAUGGCAUUUCCGAGCGCUCUGGUUUCCGUCACAGUGUCUCGUUGCACCAGAAGCGGUUUAGUCAUGCUGGCCACGUGACCCGGAAAGCUGUCUGUGGACAAACGCUGGCUCCCUUGGCCUGAAGCAAGAUGAGCGCUGCACCCCAUAGUCGCCUUUGACUGGACUUAAUCAUCCAGGGGUCCUUUGCCUUUUUACCUUUUUUAUUGUACAUAUGGAACCCCACAUGAAGUGAGGCUUCUCUGUUUCGUUUGGUGUCUGAGAAGAAGAACACUAGAGGCACAAUAACUUGCUUAUCAAGCUUUCUCUGUUAGUGAAGCAAAUGUGGGACAGCUUCUCCUUGUGUAGGGAGUCCUAUUAGGCUUGUAAGAAGGCAUCGACUUCUGUUCCGACCCACAUUCAUUGCUGUUUCUGUCCCACUGCACUUCAUAUUCUGACAAAAACUACAUUACUUAUCUCGCUGUCUGCCAUGGUGGAAUUUUACAUUGUUAAUUCCGUUAUCAUUACAUUAUUCUGCACCAUUCAUUUCAAUGCAAAAGAAACACAAUGCAAGGUAUGGAGGGGGGAGCCAUCAAUUACACAUUAUUUGUGGACUGAAAACAACAGUGAACACCCAACAAAUCAACUUUGGCCAUUUAUGUUUCUGUUUCCAUUGGAAGCCUCCACCAUCCGUGAUUCAUUUCCAUGCACACCAGUCAGUAGGGUCAAGGAAACAGUACUCUAAAGUGCAGCAAUGCUACUAGUAAACACAUAUGUGCACAUUAUCAUUUUUAUAUGUUUAUCACAGGAUUAGGCUUCAAGUCCCAAGUGAUGUCAUAUGUCCUUGUGUUACACUGCGAGUUGGCAGCUACUCAGGAACAGCUUCCCUUCAAACCACCAUCAGAGUUGAUUUGGAAGCUUACAAAUCAGGGCUGCCUGGGAGUGGGUCCCAGCAAACAAAACGGCUGGGGCAGGUUCCACAGGGGGGGAUGCACUCGGACAACCGAUCUCAGUGAUCACGGGUAGGAGGAGGAGUUACGCUAAGACCAGACCAUGUCAUUACCGAGGAAGCAGGCUUAGUCGUUGUUUGAGGACUAUCCCUGCCUCCAGGUCUGGUCCUGACCGGAAGGAUACUGGAAUCAACAAGGGAAACCCACAUGACCUGAAAGUGUUGCUGUGCAAUGCCAGGUCAAUGAUGGGUAAACCUCUGCCAUCCACGACCUGAUUGUGGAUGGAGGAUUUGACCUGGCAUGUGUGACAGAGACCUGGUUGGAUGAAGCAGAUGGGCCCGUCCUUGCCGCUGCUUGUCCACCAGGUUUCUCUUACGCACAGCAACCCAGGCCUUGUGGGCAGGAAGGGGGGGGGGUUGCAGUGAUUUUUAGGAAGUCAUUAGUUUGCACCAGGCGUCCUAUUGGAAAGACCCAGUUCUCUGAGUGCAUGUUCUGGAAGUUGGGCAAUAGGGGCAGUACAGGAUUCCUACUGGUGUACCGACCGUCCCGCUGCACCAAGGAUUCCCUGCCCGAGCUGCUUCAGGUCGUGGCGGAUGUCCUCCUGGAGACACCUAGUUUGGUUGUCCUAGGGGACUUUAACAUCCAUGCCGACACGACCUUACAAGGGGCCGCUCGGGACUUCGUGGAAAGCAUGGCCUCCAUGGGGCUGUCCCUGAAUAAGUCUGGCCCAACUCAUAGCCACAGGCAUGCCUUAGACCUGGUGUUCACCUCUAUGGAUGUUGGUGAUCUGACAUUAAGUAAAAGCGAAACCAAAGAAGUGCCAUGGUCAGAUCACUUCCUGGUGCAACUGGACUUCUCCGUGACCCUUCCCCUGCAGGGAGGCGGGACCGAUUCAGAUGGUCCGCCCCCGCCACUUAAUGGAUCCAAAUGGUUUCCAGAGAGUGGUAGGGGAUGUUUUAUCCCAUGUUGAUGGCCUUUCAGCUGAUUCCCUGGUGGCCCGCUGGAAUGUGGAGUUAACCAGGGCUAUUGACUGUUUGGCUCCAAGCGCCCUCUCCGAUUGCAUGGAGUCCGGACAGCCCCGUGGUUUUCCACGGAUCUGAGAGCAAUGAAACAAUCGUUGAGACGGCUAGAGCGCCGGUGGCGGAUAACCCAUUCUGAAUCUGACCGGACACGGGUUAGAGCUCAGUGUCGAGCCUACCAAGUGGCGAUAGCGACGGCGAAGAAGACUUUCUUCACCGCCUCUAUUGCAUCUGCGGAAAACAGCAGCAGGAGACUCUUUCAGGUGGUUCGCAAUUUAGCAGAACCACCUGCUCCAUCAGGGCCCAGUAGGGGCCACAUGAUCUCCUGCAAUGACUUUGCAAAGUAUUUUGCAGAUAAAGUCGCUCAGAUUCGAGAAGAGGUAGACUCCACCGUGGGAGCAGGGCCAGGGAGGGAGAGUGCUAGAGUCCUGUCUAGUCAAGUUGUGUGGGAUCAUUUCCAAUCUGUUACCCCCGAGGAUGUGGACAGGCUGCUUGGACGAGUGAAACCAACCACUUGCCUCCUUGAUCCUUGCCCAUCCUGGCUUAUAAAAGCUAGCCGGGAAGGACUGGGCGAUGGGCUUCGUGGGGUGGUGAAUGCUUCCCUCCGUGAGGAGCCUUCCCAGACCCGCUGAAAGAGGCGGUUAUUAAACCGCUUCUUAAAAAACCAUCUUUAGAUGCGGCCACGAUAGCCAACUAUCGCCCAGUCUCAAAUCUUCCAUUCUUGGGCAAGGUGAUUGAGCGAGUGGUUGCUGAACAACUCCAGGCACGCCUGGAAGAAGCGGACCAUUUGGAUCCCUUCCAGUUGGGAUUCAGGCCUCAUCAUGGGACUGAAACUGCCUUGGUCGCACUGGUUGAUGAUCUCCGGCGGGCUAGGGACAAAGGUGAGAGCUGUUUCCUAGUUCUGCUGGAUCUCUCAGCGGCGUUUGAUACCAUCGACCAUAACAUCCUUCUGGACCGUCUUGAGGGGCUGGGAGCUGGGGGCACUGUUAUACAGUGGUUCCGCUCCUUCCUCCUGGGCCGUGUUCAGAAAGUGGUGGUGGGAGAUGAGUGUUCAGACCCCUGGGCCCUCACUUGUGGGGUGCCUCAGGGUUCUGUCCUCUCCCCCAUGCUUUUCAACAUCUACAUGAAGCCGCUGGGAGAGAUCAUCAGGGGAUUUGGGCUGGGUGUUCAUCAGUAUGCAGAUGAUACCCAGCUCUACCUCUCUUUCAAAUCAGAACCAGUGAAGGCAGUGAAGGUCCUGUGUGAGUGCCUGGAGGCGGUUGGAGGUUGGAUGGCGGCUAACAGAUUGAGGUUGAAUCCUGACAAGACAGAAGUACUGUUUUUGGGGAACAGGAGGCGGGCAGGUGUGGAGGAUUCCCUGGUCCUGAAUGGGGUAACUGUGCCCCUGAAGGACCAGGUGCGCAGCCUGGGAGUCAUUUUGGACUCACAGCUGUCCAUGGAGGCACAGGUCAAAUCUGUGUCCAGGGCAGCUGUUUACCAGCUCCAUCUGGUACGCAGGCUGAGACCCUAUCUGCCUGCGGACUGCCUCGCCAGAGUGGUGCAUGCUCUGGUUAUCUCCCGCUUGGAUUACUGCAAUGCGCUCUACGUGGGGCUACCUUUGAAGGUGACCCGGAAACUACAACUAAUCCAGAGCGCGGCAGCUCGUCUGGUGCCGGGGAGCGGCCGCAGGGACCACAUAACACCGGUCUUGAAAGACCUACAUUGGCUCCCAGUACGUUUCCGAGCACAAUUCAAAGUGUUGGUGCUGACCUUUAAAGCCCUAAACGGCCUUGGUCCAGUAUAUCUGAAGGAGCGUCUCCACCCCCAUCGUUCUACCCGGACACUGAGGUCCAGCACUGAGGGCCUUCUGGCGGUUCCCUCACUGCGAAGCCAAGUUACAGGGAACCAGGCAGAGGGCCUUCUCGGUAGUGGCGCCUUCCCUGUGGAACACCCUCCCACCAGAUGUCAAAGAGAACAACAACUACCAGGCUUUUAGAAGACAUCUGAAGGCAGCCCUGUUUCGGGAAGCUUUUAAUGUUUGAUGUAUUAUAGUAUUUUAAUAUUCUUUUGGAAGCCGCCCAGAGUCGCCGGCGAAUCCCAGCCAGAUGGGCGGGUAUAAAUAAUAAAUUAUUAUUAUUAUUAUUAUUAUUAUUAUUAUUAUUAUUAUUAUUACAAAGAAAUAGGCUGGGCCUCAUUCUUGGAAUGUACAACACAUAUUUCAGCAACCAAAAAGGAGGGGAUGUGUAGAGACCACCUCUCCCAUCAUUUACUCACACCCUGCCCCAAAUCUCGAUGUGUUGCCUCUGUCUCCUGAUGUGCAUAAAUGUUGCCUUUCAAAAACAUCCAACAGGGAGCAGUUCUGUUGUAAGACUUGUUGGAGGACAUCAGCGUGGUCGAGUUGAGGUUCUGUAUUCAGGAGUAUGGGGUACCAUAUGUGACGACAGCUGGGACACUAGUGAUGGAGCUGUGAUUUGUCGGAUGCUGGGAUUUAGCCGAGUAGUUGAAACCUUCACUGCAGCUGCAGGUAAUUUAUCACUUCAUUCCCUGGCUGAUUUAAUCAAGUCGCAAAAUGAAAGAUUCAAUUGUGUGUAAUAUGACUGUGUUCAAAAAUAGCAGGGGAGGGGAAGGUAUUUCUCUUUGUCAUCCAAAACAUGUCACUAGAGUAGAGCUAAGCAAGCAGCCUUAUGCUGCUCCCCUCUGAACAUUCAGUUUGAAUGCUUGAGACCCCUUUAAAGGGAGUUUUCAAGUGCUUGAAAGACUCUGCCACUCCGAGAAAAAAAUAAAAAGGUUGGCCAAUGUGAUGGGAUAGAAACUCCCUUGCAGAUGGUAAAUGCCUGCUGGGACUCUCAUCCUUCCCAGAUUGUUUGUAAAGAGAAGACUCUGUUGUCAGGAUCUUUUAUUACUGGGGGUCAUGGGAGUUAUAGUUGAAGUACAGUUCCCAUGACCCCGGUUGAAAAAGAGACUGGCAGGAUCUUCACUUUCCAAAUAGUUGGGGAAAUGAUGAGAGGCUGAGUAGGGAUCCCUUCACUUUGAGGAGCCAUCUAGUACCUGGUACCCCAUCCCAGACCCGCAAAGCAAGUUCUUUGCUCCUUGGGAGAUGGGGUAGCAAGCAGUGGAGGUGUGAUCAGAACCUCAACAGGCACUGCCUACUCACAGAAGGCUCUGGCAGCCUUGGCUUCUUCUCAGAAGAAUGUGGAGUGUUCAACUAAUAGGGGAAGGGCCAUAGCUUAGUCGUAGAGUAUUUGCUUUGCAUGCCAAAAGUCCCAGGUCCAACCAGGAAGGUGUUUCACCACUGCAGCCCAGUGUCCAAAGUGUAUUAAAGUGUACUAAAGUCUGCGGGAGGCAGUGGAAGACAGGAGUGCCUGGCGUGCUCUGGUCACAAAGAGUCGGACAUGACUAAACGACUAAACAACAACAAAGUCUGCAUGCUUCCUUUAUGGCUAAGGAAGUUGCUUUAGAAGUUGCUGCUGUCUGAAAUUGUUUGCUGGACAAUAGGAUGGUAGAAAAGAAAAGAAGAGUGAGAUUCUCUUCCCAAGCAAUUUUCAUUCUGGAGUAAUUAAGCAGUUGUUAUGGAGCUCCAGAAGCAUUUCCUAAAGCAGCCUCCCCCACCCCUACCCUCCACUUUCCUGGUACUUAGGCAUAAUGAGAUAUUAGCAUGUGAGUCACACGAUGGAUUGUUGCUUUGUUAUUUUUCACCCUUUUCCACCCUGUGCUAACUCGUUACAUGUCUGCUUGAUAGCAGGCUCUGGACAAAUCUGGUUGGAUGACGUGGGAUGUACCGGAACAGAAUUCUCCAUUUAUUCAUGUAAAAAACGUGACUGGGGUGAAAACAACUGCAGUCAUAAUGAAGAUGCUGGGGUAGAGUGUGCCUAAUGGAAAACAGUUCUGCUCCGAUGUCUGAGAAACAAUACCUUAAUACUGAUGAUUCCACGAAGAAGUGUGCAUGGCACUGUCCUUCAGAGUGUAUCUCUUGGCUAAUCAGAGAAUGGAUUAAUUUUGUUUUACUCCUUUAAUUCCACUGUACCAACACAUCUCUACAUUCUCCUUUGCUGAUCAAGGCUAUUCUACUUGGGUAUGUGAGGAAUCAACAUCAGUAACUGGGCUCACUUUAUUAGAAGACCAGUAACUGAACUAUUAUUGCAGGGGAAGGGAUGUAGCUCAGUGGUUAGAACAUCUGCCUUGCAUGAGGAAGGUUCCCGGUUCUAUCCCUGGCAUCUCCAGGUAUGGCUGGGAAAUAUCCCUGUCUGAAACCCUGGAAAGUCACUGCCAGCCAAGCGUGGGCAAUGCUGAGCUAGAUUGACCUAAGGUUUAACUUAGUAUAAGGGCACUCCCUGUGUUCCUAAUCAUGACACAGGAACUACAUCCUAAUCACAUUAACUUGGGAGUAGGGUCUUUAGAAAGGCCUACAAUCUUGACUGUUUUCAUUUUUUUUUUAAAGAUAUUUAUUAAAGUUUCAGAUAAAAAAAGACACAUUAAGAAAAAAAAGAAUUUAAAAGUAAAAAGAAAAAUACACAAUACAAAAUACAGAAAGAAAAAAAAAGAAAAAACAGUUUAAAACAAUUCCAUCUUUUCAUCACUACUUUUGAAUUUACUUAUUUUCUGGACCUCCUCAUACCUCCCUCUUUUGUAUUCCAAUUCAGUUUGUUUGUCCAGCAUUUCCUUUCCCUCCUUUUUAAUCCCAAUCCUUAAUCUUAAUGUAAUAUAACAUUAAGUUUUUAUCUAUUAAUAGCCAAUUUUCCAUUCUUUUAACCUUUUUAAUCCUAAUCCUUAAUCUUGAUCUGUAUAUAACUUUAAAGCCUGUACAGCUAGAAACCACUUAAUUUCAAUCCAUCAUCACUCUAACAUUCUUUAAUUUUGCAAUAUUUCUGUAGGUAAUCUUUAAAUUUCUUCCAAUCUUCUUCCACCGACUCUUCUCCCUGGUCACGGAUUCUGCCAGUCAUUUCCGCCAAUUCCAUAUAGUCCAUCAGUUUCAUCUGCCAUUCCUCCAGUGAGGGUAGCUCUUGUGUCUUCCAAUACUUUGCGAUGAGUAUUCUUGCUGCUGUUGUUGCAUACAUAAAGAAAGUUCCAAUCUUGACUGUUUUCAGUAGCCUUCUCUUGUGUAAUGAUUUAUCAUGCUCUUUUGCUGUUGAUGGUUUUGGCUGCAGUCCCAUUUUAUUUGGGCUGGGAGAGCUGGGUGUGUUUUUAUAACUGAUAGGUUUGUUCAUGGUUUGCAUUGGGGAAGUUUGAUGCUUGUAUGUUGUUCCGUUUUUGUGGAAGCUGCCUUGAGAUAGUUUUUCCUUGUAAAGGGCCCCCAUAUAAUCAAGAAAUGAAGGACCCGUUGAACUGAGGGAUGCUGACUUCUGAGUAAAGAUGCAGAGGAUCCAGAUAGAGGAAGGUGACUUGAAAAAUAUGUGCAGCUGGCUUUUGUAAUUCAAACAUGCCAAAUCAUUUUCCAGGUGUCUUCAGCUGGAUAUUGUCCAUAAACCCAUUGAAACGUACAUCACGGAAACACUUCCGAAAGCAGAUGAGACUUGAGGCAACACUUAUAGCCUUUGUCUCCCAGAACCUUAUGAAAGAUAAUGCCCAUGUUUAUUUAGUCUACCUUUCUGUGCCUUGUUCAUAACUUCUUCAUUUCACUAUUUUCCUCUUAGAGCUCUAGCAGUGUUUGGCUGAAGUCACAUGACACUGUCCAUGAUCCCAAGGAAGGAUCUGGGUGUGGAGGAGAGAAAUGAAACUGUUUCUAUUGCCAAAGAGGCAAGCUUCUCCGAGAGAGAGAGAGAGAGAGAGAGAGAGAGAGAGAGAGCAGUGACCUGCUCCUACUGCUGGUGGGGGCUGCUGUAGUGAAAAAAGAAGCAAAGCUCUCCAAAUCAAUGUGUUGAUUUAUUUCUCGAUGCCGUGAUAAAUGUUGAAAUGUCAAAGCUCACAAUGGCUUGCAUAGCCAUGAUUUCCAAGGGGAGUCCCUAGAUUCAAUGCAGCCAUCCAUGUUGAUUCCUUAUAGAUACAUACCAAAAAGCACAUAGCAGAUGGUGUCUUCCAAAUGUGCUGGACUUCAACUCCCGUCACCCCUGACCAUUGACCAUGCUGGUUGGAGCUAAAAGGAGUUGGUAGUCCAACAACAAAUGGAAGGACACCACAUUGGUCUCCCCUGCCAUACGGCACAAUAGGCAUUAUAUUAGGAUCAGCUGACAGUCCUGUAAUAGUAAGUGUAGUGAGUACCAUGUUAAACUUUGACUUGUGAGAACUGGGUUCAUAUUCCUGAUCUGAUUCACUGGUUGACCUUGGACCAGUCAUUGUCUGAGACUAGCCUCCAUAACAAGGGGAUCAUGUGCCGGACUAGAACUAUCCUCCAAACUCCCAAGCUUGCAACACAGGCAAAUAACCAAUCCAGCAGUUCACAUCAUCCCUCCUCCUGUGAGUAAAAACUCUGGUGCUGCACUCCCCUGUGUUCCUGCUCCACUGUACCACUGUUUUUAUGGUCAUGGCAUUCCUUUGGACUGUGGGCAUUGGCUUUGCUGCCUGAUUGGAUGGCGGCAAUAUUGAAAAGAUGGCCAAUGGAGAGAGGGAGGCGGGGAAAGGGCAAAUGAACUGUUGAGUGAUUUCUCCAGAUUUCCAGUCUGUAUAAUGAGAAGCCUGCUGCAUCAGGCUAGAGACCCAUCUAGUCCAGCAUCGUGUUCUCACAGGGGUCAACUAGAUGCCCGUGCCCAUCUCCCCACUGGCCAUUCCCAGCAGUUGGUAUACAGAAGCAUAUUUGCUCCAGCACUGGAGGUAAUACAUAACCAUCAUGGCUAAUAGCAAUUGAUAGCCUUAUUCUCCAUGAAUUUUGUCAGUCUGUAGGCUGGUGAAAACAUUCCUGCAAACAACAUAGCCAUGCAUUAUUUUAUUCUAUUUUAAGUGCUGAGUACUUUCAUUUGGAGCCAGCAAGGUUUACAUGAUUAACUUUCCGCUG